CCCUCCCUUAGCUUAGCAGCGGCACAUGCAGAGUUCCAUUUGACCCCUGAAAGAAAGAAAGAAAUAGAAAAGAGAGGAGGAGAGUGGGCGCCGUUGACUCUUGAUCUGCAUCGGUUCUUGUUCGCGCCAAGGAUGGCAGCGCCAACACAUUGUAGGGGAGGAAGAAGACUCGCGCUGGUCUCACCGCCACCAUCGCGCCGUCGUUUGACCAAGGAGGGAGAUGAGCGGCGCGCCUCAUUGCCUCGCCGCCGCUGGACUCGCGCACAGGGAGAGAGGACGCGCGAAAGGGAGCCACCGCGGGGAAGCCAUCGCCGCCUACCACUGUCACCGAGCGUGGGGCUUUCGCUGUUCUCCUUGUCACCGCCUAGCUCACCACCGCCACAGUGAUGCUCACGCCGUCGUCCUCCUCACCGCGGAGUCUGAGUCCUCGUUAUCCACGGAGGGCCGAAGAGAGAAGCUCGAACAAGAUAGAGAGAGAGAGAUCGGCGGAAGGGGGUCCCUGUUCUGCGGCCGUGCCUCCGCCGUCGCGGGUCCUCUGCUGUCCUUCCACCAUCACUGAAGUCCUCCAUCGCCGUGGCUUGCUGUUCGAAGCUGCCACCUCGCCACUGCUGGAGGUCUUCCCCAAUCCGGUUCGAAGGAGAGAACGCCAUUGGGUGGGGAAAACGCUUCUGUCACGCUCCUCGGUCACUGGUGGUAAAGCCGCGUCGCCAUCACCCAUGGGUUGCUGUUCCUACCACCGCUACAAAAAUCACUGCCAAAGCUUUUGCCCGUUUUUACCGCCGGAGAACCUCGCUGCCAUUGCCGGAAAAUUCUAUCGGUCAUCACUGCCGCUUGAGGUGGCGGACAGAGCUACUGCCGGGCUGCCGCCAAACCGGUUCGGAGGCCGCCGCUGUGUUGGUUCAGCCGUUCCUCCUUCGGCUCGGAUAUGGGCGCAGAAGUCAUGAAGAGUUUAUUUAAUUGUUGUUGAGAUGCUCUGUAUUGCUUUAGAUUAUUAUUUUUGUACCCUCGCCUUUACCUUGAUAUAUUCUGUAAGAGGGAUAGGAAUUGUAUUGGGUAAUGUGUGUAGUAUUAUUUAUAUAUAUGUAUGUAUAUGUAUAUGGAUGUACUCUUGAUGAGCUUUUGUAAGUUGUAUGGUAUCUAUGGAUGUACGUUAUCGAAUGAAAGUAAAUUUUGGAGCAGUAUUGCGGUUUAAAGUUUUAAACAGGCUCAUAUUUUAGUAUUAAAUAGUAUAAGUGUCGUCGUAAUAUCCGAGCUAUCAGAGUUGUGCAGGCGGAAGCGUGAGCUUUGGUAAUUAGGGUGUUACACUUUCCACGUUGGUUCAGAGAAUACGUUAGAGUGCAGCUAAUUGACACAAUAGAUUCGGAACUAAUUACACUUAAUUGGGACCAAUGAAUAAGGACACUAGCUACCUGAUGUACACUGUUAAUGGAUAUUGGUUUUAUACCUUACAGUGGUCGAUCAGAAAGAAAACAAAUAACAUUGGAGUUUGGGUUCACAGGGAUUCUGGCAGGGUCACUCUAAUUGGUUAUGCAUCUUGCAUAACAUAAUUGAUUUAGAGUAUUUUUGUCGUACUACGUACAAGGUGUGCGUAUUUAAAUGUGAAUUGUAUGAUCUCAGAUCGUGAUAAGUAACACAAAAGUACAAGG